ACUCAUCCCCCUUUCCCUUUUUUCCCUUUCUUUCCAUCUAUUUUCAAAAAAGUUUUCUCUCCUCUCUCUUUUACUGAUCCUUCCCCCCUCCCUUUUUUUUCAACUUUCCAAGCUACCCACCAUGUUGGGUGCUUUUCGUCGCUACGGCGUCACCCAUGCGCUGCGAGCUUCCACUCGAACCCUUUCCGCCCGGUCAACUCCGCAACGCUUCCAAUGGGCUUCUUCAGUUUCUACUUCUUCUUCUUCUUCUUCUUCUUAUGUAGCCAAGUCACUUUAUCAUCCCUCUGCUGCCCGAUUCUUCUCGUCUACAGAGGCAGCCGUGCAGAAUGAUACCCUCGAGCAAGGACAGGAACAGAAAAAUGAACCUCUCGUCAAGUUUCAGGACCUCGCAGCCAAGGGACUCGUUGAUCCGGCAGUCAUCAAUUCUAUUACCCAAAAGAUGCGCAUUGAAACUAUGACCGAUGUUCAGUCUUUGACCAUCCCAGCUAGUUUAACCGGCGUCGAUGUUUUGGCCCAAGCGAAGACUGGAACCGGUAAAACCCUCGCCUUUCUUGUGCCCGUGAUCCAACGGAUAUUAAGCGAUCCAACCGUGGAAAAGUCCGCCUAUAACCACCAUUUCCAGAAGGGUAACAGACGCUUUCGUGGCCAAUAUAACAAUGGAAUCAGUGCAGCGGAUAUCAGAGCCAUCAUUAUUUCGCCAACAAGAGAACUAGCAGAGCAAAUCGCAGCAGAAGCUAGACGGGUCUGUGCCAACACCGGGUUGGUUGUGCAGACUGCGGUGGGAGGCACUCAGAGGCGAAGUGGGCUGCAGCAGAUCCAAAAUGAGGGUUGUCAUAUCCUUGUCGGUACACCCGGCAGAUUAAAGGAUCUUCUAUCAGACCAAUACAACGGAAUUGAAGCGCCAAAGCUUUCCUGCCUGGUUCUGGACGAGGCAGACCGCUUACUGGAUGAUGGCUUUGCCCCCGAUCUCAUGGAAAUCCAGGAUCUGCUUCCAAAGAGAACUCAAGUUGACCGUCAGGUACUUAUGUUCUCGGCAACGUUGCCUAGGGAGGUUAUGGGGAUGGUCCGGAGCACCAUGAAGCCUAAUUUCCAGUUUCUCAAGACUGUUCGUGACGACGAAACUCCUACCCACCUUUCGGUCCCCCAGAAGGCUGUUUUCCUCCGGGGCUAUGAGCAUGCUUUCCCUGCCCUUCUGGAGUUGGUCAAGAAUUUGAUCCAGAAUGCCCCGGCAGAUCGCCCGUUCAAGGCUAUCGUGUACAUCAAUGCUAAUAAGUUGACAAACCUCAUCUACGAGGCGUUUGAUCGCCUGCUUAGCGAUCCCGAAAACCCACUCAGCGCACACCCCUUCCCCAAUGUUUACCUCGGGGAAAUCCACUCGCGUCUGACCCAGAAGCAGAGAACUCAAGUCACCCAAUGGUUCCGAAGAUGCAAGUCAGGAAUUCUUUUCUCGUCGGAUGUGACCGCCCGAGGUAUGGACUUCCCGGCCGUUACCCACGUCAUCCAACUCGGUACUCCCCAGGAUCGGGAGAAGUACAUCCAUCGACUGGGCCGAACGGCACGCGCAAACCAAACCGGUGAAGGCUGGAUCAUCCUUCACGAGGCAGAAACCCGCACAUUCCGCCAAUUUACGCACAAGAUCCCCAUCGAGAAAGAUGACACAUCUCUCACGGUCCCGUCCAUGGACCUUGCCGCCCCAGACAGCGAGCUUCCCAAGGAAGCUCUUACGCACAUUAAACAAAUGCAAGCUGCCAUGAAAGGAAUCCCCUCCAACACCCGGGCCGAAGCUUGGCAAUCCCACAUGAGCACGUUGGUCCGAGCAAUCCCCCACAAAGGUGAAAUAGUUCGGAUCAUGACCGACGCUGCCACCCACGGAUACUAUUUGAAUAAGAUCCCCGCUCUAUCCAACCACAUGGGCCAAGCCCUGAGCUCCUUUUCUAACAACCGUUCCUCCCGCUCCAAUCGCCGAACCUCCUCCUACAAAUCUAACGAUCGAGCCUAUCGUCCUCGGGAGCAACGCGGUAGAAGAUUCGGUGGCCAGGACUCGCGCCGACGCAACGACUACGAAGAAUACUAGAACCUCUUGUCUCUCAAUUUUUACACACCAAUACCUGUGCUGUUUCUCUUGAUACCCCCCCCCCUUUUCCAUCAGGAAUAAAACAUUGUGAAAAUAUACGGAAAAAAGGAAACUUCAAUUUGCAUUUGGGCGGCGUCAUGGGGCAUCCAUCCUCCACAAUCAAAUCACCACUCUUCUCUUGUUUCCAGAUAUUCACGAUCACAUGUGAUUUUGCCGCUUUCGAUGCGCAUUUUUUUUUUUUCGUGAUGUUAUCUGCUCUGGCUCUCUUUUGAAUAUGAACCCGGAAUGUAAGAUAUGUAUCGAUUUAUAGGAAAUAUUGUAUCAUAGAUCUUCUUUGCUUUCUUCUCCUCUGUAUUUGAAU